GACCUGUUUCGACGUUGAAUGGACUUCCGUGUGCGGAUAAUUUUUAUCGCUUGUGCUUGUGGCUAUUUACAUCUGGCAUCGGCUGUCAAUUCUGUGGAGGAAAUUCCACCCCCUUUGCAAGUGCAAAAAGAAGGUAGCUCCCGUACUUCCCGAGUGGAUAAGAAGCUUCCAUCGUUGCAAGCAACAAGCCCCUUAACUGCAACAAACUCCACAUUUUCGAACAAAUCCGAGGCAGCGACUGUGGUUGGGAAAAGUACGAGUCAAAGCAAAACUUCUUUGGAACUUGUCAAGAGUACAAAACCUACAGUGAGCACAAGGAAAUCCACGGAGAGCGAUUCCGCUCCAAAAGCUGCUGCUCCUGAGUUUGAAGAUCGUAACGAACAAGAUGAGGGUGGAAAGGGUGAAGAGGACCCUGAUGCACACGUUGACGAAGGAGCCAACGCAGCACCACCGGCGGACGACGUAGCUGCCGGUGAAGGGGUAGCCAAAGAAGAUACAGAACCUGCGAAAGGUAAAGAAAAAGAAGAGAAUCAGCUUGGGGCUAUGGUUGAAGAUGCGAAAGGCAAUGUGUUACCUCCUCCUCCCAAUAAGAUUGCGACAAAAAUCGAUUUUGAUCAGUCAGAAGAUUCACAUUUCAUGGUAUUCUUCAUCAUCGCAGGAGUAGUCGUGUUCUGCCUCUACCUUAUACACCACAACAAGAAGAAAAUAUUGGGUCUGAUGUUUGAGGGACGAUCUGGACGCACAAGACGAAAUGUUCGCUAUAGAAGGUUAUCACAGCGCGACGACGCUAAAGAGGACGUUAUCUACUGAGUUGUACAUUAUGUUCUUGUUUUCAAUUCCACAGAUUUUUCUGUUUCUUUAUGUUAUGUUUGUCCUCCUGAACACUCCACAUUCAAUUCGAACUUAUCAUCCAUGCUUUAUCUCUAUUUAGUUGUGGUCUAAUGCUCUUUGUCACUUAAGAUUUGUUCUCAAUAACUUAAGUAUUACAGUUAUUACGGUUCGUUAAAGCAGUUUCCAAGAAAAUGUGUACAUUCUUCUUCCGUGAAUUUUAUGUGCCUUCAGAAGCGAAUUACUGUGAUGGUAAGUCUGAAGAUUGAAUUGUAAAUGUGUGCAAUAAUAAAGAUGGUAU